GCCGCGCAGGGGAGGCGGUGGCGGCCGGGAGAGCGGGGCGACUUCCUCACGUAGUGCCAGAGGGAAGAGGACGGAAGCAGGAAAUAUGGCCAAGGGAACAGUCGUGGUUACUGGAGGAGGCGGUUAUUUCGGCUUCCGUUUAGGUUGUGCCAUGUAUGAAAAGGGAGUCGAUGUGAUUCUGUUUGAUGUCGUGAAGCCAAUUCAAACUCUACCGGAGGGAGUAAAGUUCAUGCAGGGGGAUGUUUGUUGUCUCUCUGAAGUGGAAGAGGCUCUUAAAGAUGUAAUCUGCGUAUUCCAUAUUGCUUCCUAUGGAAUGUCUGGCAGGGAGCAGCUGAACCGAAAACUCAUAGAAGAUGUUAAUGUGAAAGGCACAGAAAAUGUCAUCCAAGCCUGCAAGAGCACAGGAGUGUCAAGUCUGGUUUAUACAAGUACAUAUAAUGUGAUAUUUGGGGGCCAGGUUAUAGAAAAUGGGAACGAAUCUCUGCCUUACCUACCUCUUCACCUUCAUCCAGAUCACUACUCCCGGACCAAAUCUUUAGCUGAAAUGAAGGUGCUGGAGGCAAAUGGUGCUGAGCUUAGAGAUGGGAAAGGUGUAUUAAGGACUUGUGCUCUCCGACCAGCAGGCAUCUAUGGGCCUGGAGAGCAAAGACACCUUCCAAGAAUAGUUAGUUACAUUGAAAGGGGACUAUUUAAAUUUGUGUAUGGCGAUCCUCUUAGUUUAGUAGAAUUUGUACAUGUAGAUAAUCUAGUUCAGGCUCAUAUCCUUGCAUCAGAGGCCCUCAAAGCCAACAAAGGGCACAUAGCUGCAGGCCAAGCCUAUUUUAUCUCAGAUGGCAGGCCAAUAAAUAACUUUGAAUUUUUCCGACCUUUGGUUGAAGGCUUGGGUUACAAAUUCCCAACCCUUCGUCUUCCUCUUUCCCUUGUCUAUUUUUUUGCAUUCCUUACUGAAGUAGCUCACUUCCUUAUAGGCCAUCUUUAUAAUUUUCAGCCUCUCCUCACUCGCACAGAAGUUUACAAAACUGGAGUCACACACUAUUUUAGCAUGGAGAAGGCCAGGAAGGAGCUGGGGUAUGAGCCUCAGCAAUUUAACCUAAAUGAAAUAGUUGAGUGGUUUAGAUCUCGGGGAUAUGGAGCAAAGCCGAGGAAGUAUACCAUUAACUGUCUUGUUAGGGAUGGAGGAUUGGUCUUGCUGUUGAUUGCUGUGUUGGUUUCAUGGUUUCCAUCUGAGGUUACAUUUUCACUCUGAAAGAUGAAAAACUGGGUAUAGAGGACAAUUUAGUUGUUUUUUGCGUUAUCUUAGUUUUGACAGAUAGUUUAAAAAAAGGGGGGGAGGGGAGCAGUGCAGGGACACCUCUGCCCUCCAGGUACAUAUCUUUAUGGGUUCUGUCCCCAAAGAACAGAACUGUCGAGUAAAAAGAUGCUAUGUUUACAUGCAGUUCUUCCAAGUAAAACUGAUCUCCCCAUCACAAGCAAGAUGAAGUUCAGUACAACUGCAAAUAGCAAUUUAUUUUCAGAUACAGCAUAUGGAACAAAUGACCUUUCUUCCUCACUGAUGACAUUGUACUUCCAAUUUCUGACAAGUUUGUGGUACCUGACCCAGAGAAUAAACAUUUUUCUUGGUCAUGUUAUAAAACUAAAACCUGCUUUUGAGCUUAGAUGCAUAUAUACCUACCUAAGAACCUGGCUGAAUUGCUAGAUUAACCAUUAGACCAUAAAUAAAUGCAUUACUUUAA